UUGUUUAAACUUCAUAAAAAUGGCUGUACCUGAUCGUCGAGGCGGCGGCGCCAGCAGUCUUCCCAACAUCAAAUCUUUUGCCAUUCAAAUUAUCACUAGUCCAUGGUUCAUCUUCUUCGGCUCACUCCUCACUUCAUCUGCUGCCGGUGCCAGUCACGUGUUCAGUCUCUACUCCGGCGACAUCAAGAACUCCCUAGGGUACGACCAGUCCACCCUCAACCUUCUCAGUUUCUUCAAGGACCUCAAUACUGGCGUCCUUACCGGAUUAAUAGCCGAGGUAACCCCUCUUUGGUUCGUUCUCUUCCUUGGUGUCGUGUUAAACUUCUUUGGCUACUUCAUGAUAUGGCUAGCCGUUACGAAAAGAAUCGCUCGACCAGCUGUCUGGCAAAUGUGUCUAUACGUCUUCAUCGGCUCUAAUUCUCAGACGUUCCCCGACACUGUAAGUUUAGUGACGAACGUAAAGAAUUUUCCGCAGAGUCGCUGCGUCAUUUUGGGUAUUCUCAAGGGUUAUCUCGGCCUUAGCGCCGCGAUAAUAACACAAUUGUACCAAGCUAUUUACGGGGAUGAUUCCAAGGGAUUGAUUCUGCUGAUAGGCUGGCUUCCGGCGGCGAUAUCGUUGGUUUUUAUUCGAACCAUCCGGAUCAUGAAGGUGACCCCUCACUCCAACGAGUUGAAGGUGUUUUACAAGUUCCUUUAUAUUUCACUCGGUCUGGCGGCGUUCUUGAUGAUUAUAAUCAUUGUGGAGAAUAAGGUGACUUUCACUCAGGGAGAAUACUGUGGCAGCGCCAUCAUGGUCCUUAUUUUGCUGUUUUUACCGAUUGCGGCUGUGGUUGCGGAGGAAUUGAACGUUUGGAAAGCAAAACAAGCUAUUUUUGAGUAUCCUUCUCUUGUGAAAGUUAUCACCGAGGAGCCAACCCAAGAAGCCGUAUCCUCCUUAAACGAACCGACGUUAUCGUCUAGCGCCAUUGAGGCAAAGGUCGGAGAUCAAACAGACGUAUCAUGCUGGAAAACUGCUUUCAAACCACCAAAUAGAGGGGAAGACUACACCAUUCUGCAG